UAAUACAAACCACAUUCCUAUUCCAAUACAAGAACAUCAUCAACAACAAUAACAACAACAACAACAAGACCUUCCCAACAAAGAACAAAAUAUCUACUAGCUUCUUCUUCAUCCUCUCCUUAAUUUCAUGCCAAUGAGCGAACAAGAACCAAGAGACUUCAUGACCGUAGACUCCUUCUCCCAGCUCCCUUUCAUCCGUCCAUCCCCUUCCGGCCUCCAUAAACCACCACCUUCCUCCUCCUCCUCCUCCUCCUCGGCCAUUCGCCUUUUCGGCAUCGAGUUUCCUCACAACUCCACUGAUGAACAAUCACAACAACAACAACAACAACAACAACAACAACAACAACAACAACAAGAUCAACAACAAGAUCAAGAAGUAGUUCAUCUCAUAGAUCAAACCAACUCCACCACUACAAGUACUCCAAACGGAGACAUUAAUACAACCAGAAAGUUUGAAUGCCACUACUGUUGCCGCAACUUUCCCACUUCUCAAGCUCUCGGAGGUCAUCAAAACGCCCACAAACGUGAACGCCAACAUGCUAAACGAGCUCACCUUCACUCAGCCAUGGCCUCUCUCCACAACCACCACUCAAACAAUGCUCAUGUUUAUGGUGUUUAUAAUUACCACAGGCUCAUCUCCUCCAUGCCUUCAGCCACACGUUUCGGUCUCGGUCAUGUCUUCGAGCCACCUUCAUCGUCUUCUUGGAGUCCUGCCGGAGUUCAGUUCUAUGGUGGGCUUGGUUCUGUGUCUCAGCCUAUCAAUGGUAGUCCUUUACCCGGUCUUUGGAGAGUUUCCGGUGCAACACCGGAGUCGAAGAUCUUUUCCGGUGAUGGUGAUCAUGCUUUUAGUACUACUAAUUUCAAUGCUUUUUCUUCAUCUUCAUCUCCUUCUUCUCCUUCUUCUUCAAUGGUUCGUUCUAAGGAGAACCUUAGUUUGGAUCUUCAUCUUUGAUUGAGGGAAAUAUUAAGAGUUUCUAAUUAGAAUAUAGUCUUUUUCCC